CGCCGAGCCGCUGGGCCUCGGCGCGGCCGCCGCGGAGCCGGCCGCCGCCGCGGCUGCGGGGGCCUUCGGGGCCGCCGCCGCGCUGGGCAACGGCUUCGAGCACCGGCAUUCGCAUCACCACCACCACGGCCCAGCAGCUCUGGAGCCAGCCACGGCCGCCGCCGGCCUCGGGGCCUUUGGGGCCGGCGCCGCGCCAGGCAGCGGCCUCGCCUCCCCCUUUGCCGUGGCAGGGCCCCCGCACAGCGCCGCCCCCAGCGACCACAGGUCGCUGCAGUCCGAGGCCUGGGGCGCCGCGCUCUCCGACGGGCUGCCCAUGGGCGCCUCCGCGCUGGCCUCGCCGCCGAGCCAGCCCGGCCCCCGGGGCUUCGGCCCGGGCCGGCGCCUCGCGGCCUUCCCCGCCGCGGGCGGCGCGCACUUCGCGAACCCCUUCGACUCCGGCUUCCUGCCGCCGGGCAGCCCCCCCGGCAGCUGCGGCGGCGCGCCGCCCGCCGCGGGGAGCGGCGCGGCGCCCUCGGCCGACGCCGCUGCCGGCAGCGGCUGGGAGGGCCCCGCCGCCUGGGGCACGCCGGGCCCGGGGUCGGUCGCCGAGCCAGUGGCGCCGCAGCCGCAGCGCUGCGAGCCCUCGCCUCCCGACCACCACGGCCGCGGCCUCCUCCCGCACCCCGGCGCGGCCCGGGACGCACCUCCGCAGCACUACCCAGGCCCGCAGGACGCACCUCCGCAGUACGACCACCACGGCUGGCAGGACGCACCUCCGCAGCACUACCCAGGCCAGCAGGACGCACCUCCGCAGUACGACCACCACGGCUGGCAGGACGCACCUCCGCAGCACUACCCAGGCCCGCAGGACGCACCUCCGCAGUACGACCACUUCCAGCUGGACGCACCUCCGCAGCGCUACCGAGGCCAGGACGUCCCGCCCCAGCCUCAGCACUUCGAGCACCCCGGCCACCACCGGCCCGGCCACCAGCAACCGCACCACCACCAUGGCCACACCCAUCCCCGCCGCUCUCCCCCCCAGCCCCAGCACCCGAGCCCCACAUCAGGGCAGGCCGCACCGGCCGUCAGCAUCGAGAUGGUCGCGCCGAUCGUGAAGACCAUCGUGGGCACAGAGAUUCAGCAGCUGCAGCAGGAGCUGAGAGGCCUGUACUCGGAGAUGCGGGAGCUCAGCGACGACUACCGCAAGCUGCGGGCAGCGAAGGAGGCGCCAGACCCCCAGGCGGAGAAGGCGGGCGAGCUCCUCAAGCUCAGGACCACCGUGGCCGACCUGCAGGAGACGCUGGCCCACACGGUGACCAGCGCGCUCGACGAGCGGCUCCGGACCGCAGAGCAGGGCAGGGAGGAGCAGCUGGCCUCCACCAUCUCCUCCGUGCUCGACGCGAAGCUCGGGCUUGCGCGCGCGGAGCCGCCGGGCGCGCAGGGCCUGCCCCCCGCGGCCUCUCUGAUGGGCAGCGCCCACCGCGCGCUCAUCGGCUCCCGGCCCGCGGCGCCGCCGAGCGGCCCCGAGCCGCC